UUUACAAAAGAAUAAAUGUUUAAAAAUGCGUUCGAUUUCAUUAAUUAAUCACUUGGAAUUUAAUUUUAAUGGCAGUGUUGUAAGAAAAGGAAUAACAUUAGGCGAUGUUGAUAAUGAUGGAAAUUAUGAACUCAUUGUGGGUAAUGAAACUGGGGAUGUAGCAAUUUUUAAAGCUUUAGAUUGUUGGCAAACUAUUAGUAAUUUGGGGUUUGUUAGUUGUGUCGUAGUUGGUGAUGUGUUGAAUCAAAAUAGGAAUUGUUUGGUUAUUGUAACUGCGGAUGGUUGGUGUUUUAUAUAUUCAGCAGAAGAAAAUGGGGGAGAUGCUGGGGAUGAUGUGGAUAAAAUCAGUGAGAAUAUGGAAAGUUUAAUAUUUUCAACAGAAAGUAAUUGUUCAUCAAGAAGUGGAUCAAUUGCGGGGGAUGGUAAAGAAGAACCAAGAGUUUUUUUGAAACGAAUUCAUGCUCAAAGAAUACCUCCCAAUACAAAGGAUAUUUUGUUGGGUGAUAUUGAUGGUGAUGGUGCAAUAGAAAUGGUACUUGGAUUAACAGAUAGAGUUGUUCGUUCUUACAGAUGGGUGGAAACUGUUAAUGAUCCUACAAAAGUUCCCUCAAAACCUGAAAUAAUAGGUAAAUUAGUGGCUUUGAAUAAAUGGGAAUGUGCUCAACAAAUUGGAUCAGUUUCUCUUCAUCAUUCAGUUGAUGGAAUACCUUCCUUAUUAGUUGCUCAACCUGGUGGGACAUUUAUGCGAAUAAAACAUCAAUCUGUGGACGUUACAGAAGUGACUAAUUCUUCAAUUAUUCCUCCAUCUGCACAAGUAACAAAUUUGGAUCAAUGUGACGAUCAUGGUGAUUUAGAAAAUUUAACUGGAUUUUCUGUUGAUUAUCAAUUCUUAGGUAUAUCUCGAAUGAGAAAUUCAAAUAUUUCAACUGAAAUUUUAGGUGAUUUAGUUACUAGUACGAAUUCAAAUGAUUUAGAUAAAGAAAGUAAAAGUGAUGAACAUAAAGAAACUCAACAAGGCUCUCCUUAUGCUGUAGCUACACUUGAUGGUACAAUAAUGUUGGUUCAAGAUGAAAUAAUUCUAUGGGCAAUUGCAGUUGAUCAUCAAUUAUUUGCAUUAACAAAAUUGGAUGUUACUAAAAAUGGGUUGGAUGAAAUUAUUGUUUGUUCAUGGGAUGGCCAUACUUAUAUAUUAGAUCAACAAAAAAACACAGUUAGAUUUCAAUUGAAUGAAUCUGUGCAAGCCUUUGAAGUGGGUUAUUAUACAUUAAUUCCAGGAAGUGCGCCAGUAACUUGUUUUGUUUAUAUAACUUUUCGUAAUAAAAUUUUGUUGUAUUUUGAUAUACCCCUGAAAAAUAUGAUUUGCAAAAAAUUUGAACUGCCAAACUUACCGAGUCUUGAAAACAUUGUAAAUUGUGAUCUGGAAACUCUGACUAGUACAGAUAAAAAGGAUAUUGUUGAAUAUUUACUAUAUGGUUUAAAAUCUUAAUAAAAACGCCUUUUUAUUUA